CAUUGAAGGUGGAGUGGCAAACAUAUUGGACCUAAUGAUUUGAUCUGAAUCUAUUUUAAGCAUAUUAUCCAAGUGUAGGGUGGUUCAAGCCGUGAGACCCGACUGAUGAGAUUUAAAUAAUGCUUCUUGUAUUUCCAGAGGUGGCAAAACUACGGAAAAGAGUAAAGCAAUUGGAACGUAGUAAGGGAUACAUAGAGGAUGAUUAUGCAAUUCCUAGGCCAGGUCCCCUACCAAAGAAAAUUGGAGAAAAAUAUAAGAUGGUUGAGCUGGUCCCAGGCAGCUCGAUAUAUAUUCAUCGCCCGGACCUUGUUUCUUGUUUCAAACCUGGGAAGAUGAAGAAAGGUAGUGUGAAAUAUGGUUUGAGGAUGGCUAGGCGGCUAAUGUCAGUUUUCUUUAGCAGUGAAGAAAUAGCAAAUGACACUCUACAUAGCUCUACUGAGGGGAAGAAGCAGCUGAAUCCCAGGACAAUUAAAGCAAUAAUAGACAUCUGUUCAAAAAACAGUCCAGCCACCCCAGGCCAACUGCGCCAGGCCAUAGCCUGCAAAAUUACAUCAUUUUCCUGUAAAUCAAGAAAAAACAAAAAGAGCCCAGGUAAAACCACAGAAGACCAUGAAUGAAUGGGAUAUUUGUCAUCAGAGAACAACAGGACACCAGAUCAGAUCACACUUGUCAAGAGAAAUUGAUGUUCCAAG